AGAAGAGGAGGAGGAGAGGAACAUGGAUGGUGUUGAGAAACAGGGAUCACUGAUCACACUAGCCUGGAGCAACAAUACACAGGAAGUGAUCUCAGCUCAACCUGAAAUGCAGACGACAGAAGCGACGUCUGCAGACUCACACACUCCGGACUCCACACACUCCACUUUCCCUCAGCACGAACACACACCGUGUGCACAGAGACACACCGUCGUGGAGCCGCUACAGGAUCAGUGCACAUCCAGCAUGGACACUCAGAACGAGAGCAGCAGCGAUGAACAUGGAACAGCAUCAGCAGCUCUGGAGAUUGACUCGGAGAACACACCGGCCACCGGUGAGACACACACACGGGACAGUGUGUGUGACGCAGUGUGUGAGGAACAGCAGCUCCAACGAGAAGCCACCAUGCGCAGCCUCGUCGACAUCCAAAGAAGAGUAGAGCAGCGCUGGCAACGAGAUCGAGAUCGACAAAUCCUUAGAGUUCAGGAGCGACUGUCCAUCAUUCAGAACAGGAAGACAGAUGAGGACCUGCUGGGCCUGAGACACGAGGCAACAUUCAGACACCUGACCAACACACUGCAGCAGGAAGAUGAGCAGCAGCAGAAGAUGUUGGUCAGAGAGAAACUGCAGCAGCUGUGGAGAGAACGUUCUUGUAUUCUACAGUCUAGAAGAGAGAGGAACACGACUGAAUUUCAGGAGCUCCUCACACCAACAGCUCAGUGUGCAACUGAUGCAGAAGAUGUGCUCAACACACAGACACACACAACGCAACACAACACACACGUGUAACUCUGACAGCAGUGCCGUGUUUGUGUUCGACUGUAAUUCACAACACUCGCACGCCCAUAAACCCCUCAGGCUCCUGUUUAAAAUGGCUCCGGCCCAACAGUAAGCUCCAUCUCAGGGUGGGAAGUCGUAAAGGUCCGUCAGUGUUUUCACUGUAAAUGCAAUUCGACUUCCAGACACUAGACGGCACUAAACAUGACAGCUUUAAAUUUUCAAAAAAAAAAAAAAACCCUUGUAUGCUAAUAUUAAAGGUGUGGUCAGUGACUUUUUCCCCCAUCUGAAACAUCUGCUCUCUGUGGCACCGCAGAUUAAAAAUCAAAUGUGAGAUCACCGACAAUCAGCCAAUCAGGACAGAGACGUGUCUACUUAGUUGUCAGUAAUGUUGUGUUCAAGUGUUCCAGUCUUGAAAGAGUGUGUGUGUGUGUGUGUGUGUGUGUGUGAGAAAGAGGGAGAAUUUCAAUAUUUGAUGGAAGACUUCAUAUUUGUUUAUAUUUUAGAUUUCAAAUGCUCCAUUACUAAAAUUGCAGAUUGCACCUUUAAUGCUAAACCCAGUCGUGUGUGUGUGUGUGUUAGUUUGAUGCACAUUUUACAAACAUUUUUUAAAUAGUAAAAUGACAGACGAGUGUGUAUUAGACACACAAAUGUUUUAUUGAACUUUUUUGACGUCCUUGUUUCCAUUCUGACACUGUUCCAGGAGGGGGGGGGAGAGAGAGAGAGAGAGAGAGAGAGAGUGUUCAUAACUUAAAUCCUAUACACAUUUAUUUGCUUUUCAAGUUUAAAUAUUCAGUGAUGUAUACAGUAUAUAAAAGUCUACAAUGGUAAUGUUGGUGGUAACAAAUU